CAGAUGUACUAUGCUAAUUUCCGCAAGGAUCCAUGGCAGAUCAAGAUAUACGUUGCUGUUUUACUCUUAGCGGACACGCUGAACACUUCCUUCAACAUUACAUGGAUAUAUAAGGUAUUAGUUAAUAAUUUCGGCAAUAUGGAGGCCCUCACGCGGGCUGAUUGGCUCAAUGCCUCAGAACACGCCAUGGCUGGCCUGGUUGCCAUGAUGUGUCAAAUGUUCUACGCCCGGCGCAUCUUCAUUCUCACGAAGAAUAGAUGGGUCACCGCCCUUAUUGCCACCACGUCUUGCCUCACCGGAAUUUGCGCCACUGGCACCGCUAUAGCUGUCGGAAUGCGUCCAGAGUUUACUAGUCUCCAGUCACUCAAAGUCAUCGCGCUGCCCUGGCUCAUCUCCGGCACAAUUUGCGAUGUCACGAUUGCGACCACUCUAAGCGUGUCCCUAAGCAAGCGGCGGACCGGUUUCGAGCGUACUGAUGCUCUAAUCAAGAGGGUUAUACUUGCCACCAUCUCGAAUGGCUUGUUGACAGCGUCUUUCACCACGUCUCACAUGAUCUCGUAUUUGGCUUCUGUGAGUCACUCCCGAUGGCCUUGUGACGCUUUUUUGAAGGCAAGGGAUAUAGCAAUCCGGCGUACACAUGAUAUUCAACUACGGGGUCGUGAAGUUGUAUGUCUCCGAUCUCGUCUUUGGAGUGUCUUGUGUCCUAACUACGUAUCGCAGGUACACAAAUUCGGUUAUAUCUAGCCUAAACUCGAGGCAGGACAUCGAAGGAUAUUCGAUUUCUCAUCGCAGCCCCGUGUAUGCAGAUGGCAAAGAGAUGAGACCCCAGGUCAACAUCACCAUUGAGACCCAUGAGAUGGUUGACAUUGGCCCACUACCUCGAGCUGAGUUGACCGAAUCGAUGGACGGUGCUGACGAGAAGGUGACGUCAAUCGAGCUGAACUUGACCCCCG